UUGGCGGCACCGAAUAUGAUACAAAGUGAAUGAGCAUAGAUUAUGACUCCAGCUCUUAAAACUCCUUGGUGAUAGUGAACUCAUUUCGUAACAUACAGUUGCAACAGUGAGUGCUCUUCGUGCCACGGCUAUUCAAUAGUCAUAUUGUUUUUUUUAAUUCAAUAGUAAUACCAGCUAAAAUGCCUGCUUCAUGGAGUGUCGGUCAGAAAGCAGCUCUAAUGGCUGGGGCUUCUCUCCCGUCAGGUUACGCCUGGCUUCGAUGGAAAUAUCCAAACCUCAAGACUGAUGUCCAAUUUUUUCUUCGUUUGGUAAAGAUUGGGAAAUUAUUGGAAAACUGUCAGAAAUCUAAACUCUUUAUUCUUGAUAUUUUGGAGGAGCAUGCCAGAGCAAGGCCCAACCAUCCUUGUAUUCUAUACGAGAAUGAAAGGUACACAUACGCAGAGGUGGCGGGGAACGUGAACCGCACUGCUCGGUGGGUUAGCGGUUCGGAUCCCAUUUUGAAGAAAGGAGAUGUUGUUUGUGUUUUAUUACACAAUGGGCCUGCAAUCGUUUGGACUUGGCUUGGUUUGCAGAAGAAGGGUAUCAUAGCAAGUAUGAUCAAUUACAACCUUAAAGGAUCAGCUCUUCUGCAUUGUAUUAAGGCCAGCCAGCCAAAACAUAUCAUCUUCGGUUCAGAGUUCCUAGACGCGAUCCUUGACAUCCAAGCUUCACUGCGAGAUCUCAGGAUUGGCCUGUGGAUGAUAAAUGAUGCUCGCAUCCCUGGUCUUCUACCACCCGAUGAUGUGGUUACCAUGGAGAUAUCUACCGUGUCUGGAGAGCAAUUUCCGACCGUGCCCAUCACAGGCCUUGGUGAUAUAGGGGCUUAUAUCUUCACCUCGGGAACUACAGGAAUGCCAAAGCCGGCUAUCGUUACUCACGGUAGAGCAAUUGGAGGAGGUGCAUUCUCUAGCAUACAGGUUGGUGUAUCACCAUCAGAUGUCUACUAUAUAGCGCUACCUAUGUAUCAUUCAUCCGCACUCCUGAUUGCAGCCUCGGGGUGUCUUUACACAGGUAAACCUUCUUAUCUGUAUUUAAUAAUCAAUCUGCUCAUAUUUAUACUUUCAUUAAAGAGGGAGCGAGCGGUCGAGGGCGAGCCUAACCAACGAGAUUGUGUUUCAAAAAUAUCAUCAAGGGAAAGUAAUAUUUCUCUUGCUAUUCAAUCCACUGAAACUGUACUAGGGGGCACCAUAGCCAUUGCUAAAAAGUUUUCGGCGUCGCAUUUUUGGGAUGACGUCAGAAGGUUUCAAGUAACUAUCUUCCAGUACAUCGGGGAGGUGUGUAGAUACCUCCUGGCUCAACCCAAGAGAGAGAACGACGGCGACUAUCCUCGUCGUGUGAGGGCGGUGGGUAAUGGCUUGAGACCCGACAUCUGGAAAGAGUUCAAGACGAGAUUCAACAUCACUCAAAUCUUUGAGUUCUAUGCGGCUACUGAGGGUAACUUUAGUUUCCUUAACAUCGACGGUCACGUGGGAAGUGUCGGCAGAUAUUCAUGGAUUCUCAGGAGAAUGCUGGAUAGAGUGGAGAUCGUCGACUGUGAUUAUGAGAGCGGAAAACCGAAACGAAAUCCCGAUGGUCUGUGCGUUCGGCUUCCUCUAGGCUCGACAGGUUUGAUGUUGCUUAAGAUCACGGAGAAAGCAGCUUUCGUUGGAUAUCGUGGACCAGAAGAGAUGACAAAGAAGAAGAUUGUAAGGGAUGUGAAGACAAAGGGAGACGCAUACUUCAAUACCGGUGAUCUCAUGAAGAUCGAUGUCGAUGAAUACGUUUACUUCAUUGACCGGCUCGGAGAUACAUUCAGAUGGAAAGGAGAAAAUAUUUCUACCCAGGAAGUUUCUCAUGUUCUUGCUUUAUUUCCAGCAAUACUUGAAGCUAAUGUGUAUGGUGUACAUGUGCCGGGUCACAAUGGAAGGGCGGGGAUGGCAUCAAUUGUUUUACAUAAAGGAGCCACCUUAGAUUUCUCAGGUCUCUACCAGCACAUCACCUCAUCCCUCCCGGACUACGCUCGGCCAAAGUUUCUCCGGCUUCUCGAUGAGAUGGAUCUAACCGGUACCUUCAAGCACAAGAAGACUGAAUUGGUAAAGAGGGGUUUUGCUCCUGAUGGAUACGGAGAAGUUUACAUCAUUGAACCCUCAAGGAAGACCUAUGUACCAAUAAACCAUGAUCAUAUCAAGAUGUUAACAGCAGGUUAUUCAAAAUUGUGAACAGGUAUACAACAUCGAGGCUUAAUUUGAUCAUACCAACACCAAGUCAUACUAAGUUUUAAAAGAUUAACAAUAUUGGGUAAUAUCAUAAUCAUAUCAAGCUAUUAAUAACAGCUAGGUCUUUCCAAGCCGUAACAGAUUUACAACAUCGAGCCAUGACUUUAUCAUAUUAAGAUGUUAGCAGCAGGUCAUUCCAAGUUGUAAAAAGAUCAGAAGAACUUUGUAUCGAAUCAUUAUUACUAUUAGCAUUAUGCCAUUUUAUUUUGUCCCUGAUUCAUGUCAUGGUAUUUCAGAUGAUGAAAUUUUAGAGUACUUGGGAGCGUAAACAGCGUGUUGAAGCCUUUACCCAUUAUUUGCUAUACACCUUCUUGUUAGCAUUCCCCCCUCCCCCAAUUUUUGGCAUGGGGCCCUGAUCCCACUGUCCCCUUCCUGGGGUCACUGCUCCUGGAACAGAUUGAAUAUUAAUAAUGUGCACGCACCGACACAACAUAUUUCAUAUUAGAGAGUGUAAAUUAUUAUGCGACAAUAUUAAAACCUAAUGUAGUUUCUAUUUUACAGUAACAAAUUUUGUUCAAAUAUUAGACAUUUAUCACUUUCUCAGUAGGCCCGUAGAGAGCGGGUUUAGUUAACAUUAUGCUGUAUUUCUAGUUGCAUGAUUUUAUGUACACUUCUACACAAAAGGUUGUAACAAUAACAUGUUGAAUCGUCAUCAGUACUUGAAAAUAUGAUAUUUUAUAAUUCGUUGUAUAUAAAAGUGUCGUAGUCUAAUGGUUUCAGUACUUGAAUUGAGAUGUGAAUGUCACUUGUUCUAAACCUUGUUAGUUUCUAAUAUGCUAUUUAAUUGUUGUUAUCAUUUAUUAUUUGUAUAAUAUCGAUAGUCUAUUACGUUUACUUCGUAUCAUCAUGAUUAUGCUGAUAUUGUAUGGUCCUGUCAAGAAGUUUUAUGUAAUUAAGAGACAACCACCUUAGAAAUAUAACUCAACAAUAAAUCAUUACAAGAAAUUUAUUUAGGACUGGAAUAAUGAAGAACAAAUAUGUAUCUAAAAAUAAUUUUCCUUCAGUUUCAUAUAAUCAAUGAUGGCUUUUUCAGUUACCCAACUGCUACCACAGAGGGCCUUGGGUAACAAUUGAUGCAAUAUGUUAUAUACAAGAGCAUCUAAGAUAUACAGCCCUCUUGUCAAUUACUUGUUGAAAAGUAUUAUUUAAAACCAGUUAUCGUUAUUUGGUUAAAGAUUAAAACAAGUUAAUUGCACAAUUUUCCGACGUAUUUGAUCUAUCCGUUUUCAACACUUAUCAUAAAUUCGCUACUAUUGAAUAAAUCGAAUACUUGAUUAAUUCUGCAUUACUUGUUAAAACAAGAAAAAGUUUAUGAAGAAUAUAACUUUCACCACAAUGCAAAAAAGAAGAACUAUGCCAAGAUGUUAGAUUAGUAUAUUAUUGUCGUAUUGCAUAAAGCAGCUUUCCAACUGAAAUUAAAGAAAUGGUAGAAAUCUAAUGAAUCUCGUAUUUAAAAUUGUAUUUUUCCUUUCUGCCCUGAAU